AUGACCUACGAUACCACUAUUGCUACCGAGGCCGGUCUUUUCGUAUGCGGUGAUGAACGAGGCGGUCGUGCCGUGGAACUCUUGCCAGAACGGGUCCGGCCAUUUGCACCCUCUGGCUGGACACUCUGCCAGGGUCAACAAGGCCUCCAAGUACGGCGAGAUGUGCGAUGUGGACGUUUCGUAUCCUCAGUACUUGAACUUCUUCUGGAAGCACAACACCAAUAA